UUGUGACACAGAUUCGUACAUGAUUUGCCCGCCUUUGCUCACAUUUUGUAUAAUUGUCUUUAUUUAUUAAUGAAAAAAGUGCAAUAAAGUAUAUAUAUAAUUUUGUAUUCCUAGUGACACAAGCUUAAUAAUUCUCCCAGUGUGGUCAAUAACUAAAUAUUGUUACCAUAUCAACUGUUUAUAUCAUAGCAACAGUUAUGUCAAUUUAUAUCUUUUUAUUCGCAAUGUGCUAUUUUUGAUGUUUCAUUUUUAAUUUAUUUAGUUAAAUAAAAUAACCAUAAAUAUGGGGGAAGCUCAGUUUGGUGUGAGACAUAUAAUUGGAGCUCCAAUUGCUACUACCAGAUUAUCCGAACAGGCAUUAGUGUGCAUGCCCCCAAGAUCUACAAAGUUUACUAUUUCAGAGUGGAAAUUGAGUAACGAUCAGAGAUGUCGAAAUACAGAAGACCAACAACAAUUAGCCGACAGAGUGCUGGGAGAAUGCCAAAGAGUUCGAGAGGAAACGGCGGAGAGAUCACAGAUCAUGAAAGCAACCUCAGAUAGACGCAUAGAAGAACGUAUCGGGGACAUAGAAUUCAACAAGAAGGAACUACAAUUACAAAGAAAAGAAAUUUGUAUUGAAUUAGAAGCACUCGGUGUCUACAAAACUCGCCUAAUGGACUGUCUUUCUUCGUUACAAUCAAAUGCUCUUACUAUAUGUAGAAAGUGUUUAAUGUUACGAGAUGGACGUAUUGGCAUAGAUUUAGUAGUGGACGAGGUAGAGCAUGCCCUACAGCAAGAAAUUACUACAAUACUUGGUGGUCAAAGUCUUCUAAAACGUGUUUUGGAACAACUGAAUGAGCAGAUGAGACGCUUACGAGCUACUCGUUAUUUGCUCGAUCGAGAUCUACAAUAUAAACAAGCAGCUAUUGAUUUAGACAAGGCUUCACUUUCUCUAAAGCCGACUGAUUUGUGUCUCUCGGUGUAUGAAGGAUAUGCAAACUUGGAUCCAUCCAAUAUAUCUGCUGAAGAGUAUAAUGCCUAUUCAGCCAGUAACAUUAAACUUGCUGCCAAAGAAGUCACAAGUGCGCGACCUAUUCGUAUGUUUGUGGAUACGUUGUUAAAGCAGGUAAUUGAUGACUUAUGGGUGGCUUAUAAAAAAUGCAACCAUGCUUUUACUGAGAGAAUUAAGGAAACAAAAAUAGCUAAAGGAAAGCUGGAAGAUAUGCAUAGAGAAACGACUCAGAAGAUUGCUGAUAUGCAGAACAAUAUUUUGCAACUUCAGAAGGCGCUAUCUGAUAAAGAAGGCAAUGUAGCAUUGGCGCAUACCCGACUCGGUAGAAGAGCACAGAGAGUGGGUGCAGAGUUGGUUCGUGACCCACCAGGUCAGGCACUAUAUUAUGAAUGUGAGAUGCUCCGCCAUAGUACUGAGCAACUUCAACAAAUGCUGCAUGAGGCUACAUCAUCCUUGCGUUAUUUAUUGCAAACACAAAUUCAGCUGGAAGAAGAUAUAAAUGUAAAAAUAAAUACACUCAAGAUUGACGAAGUAGACUGUAUGACAUUGAGAGAAACAAUGGACUAUCAUGCUUAUUAA